AUGCAAUUUUAUGCAAGCAGAGCAGAAGGAGCAGAUAGCAGUGAUGUUUGGGAAGCGAUUGAUUCUGAAAAUUUCGCAGAUAUCAAAUUUGAAAAGGACGAGCAAGUUGGGAACCCCACGAGAAAAGAAAUUUCUGCAGCUACAGAAGUCAACAGAGCUAGGCUUUCCAGCCCAACCGUUCUAAAAGGAUCAUUUGCGCCACCAUCUUGUUGCGAAUCGCCGUGGAUAUUUGACGCAAUGAAAGGGACAUGCAUUUUAAACUUACGCCAGCAAGGUGUGUCGACAAAAUAUAUGAAGCAGUUAUGCGAAGGUCUAGGAUUUGAAUUGGAAUCAGAAACUUGCAUCAGACGUGUUCGACUGUGUUAG